AUGGCUGAAAGGCAGCCAUUGUUUCGGAAGUUCGCGAAGAUCUUCAGCCCAAGCAAUGGCAGCAAUCAUGUGAUGAGUGCUUCAGUGCGGGAACAGAUCGACACGACGGCCGCUUUGGACUCAUUCAGAACCCAUUGGUCGCAGGCCUUCGACACGAUGUCCAGGAAAGUGAUGAACGAGAUCACUGUGGAUGACAUCUCGUCGGUGGUCAACCAUAUCGACCAAAUGCUGACUCUAUUGCUUCAGGAGAACGACAACAUGUGUGUCAGUCCGCGACCACAAGCGUCCGAUUCGGCCGAACACGUAAUGAGUCCGCUCUUAGACUAUCUGAUGAUGGAAUCAGUUCUGGAGAAAGUGCUGAACUGGUCUGAGAUGUGCGGCAAGUGGUACGAAGUGAUGACUUUGGAACAGUUGAAGUUCUAUGAGAUGCUGGUCUCCCAGGUCUGCCACACGUCAGCCCUCUAUCAGCAACAGCUCAUACGCCCACUUCUGGGCCUAUUGUGUCGCUUUGUGGACACCGACUGUCACUUAGAGGUGGAGAAGCGACUCGUCGUACUUCUCAACUCACUGUUCGUGUCGUUGAGUCAAAACCUAAACCUCUUGGAGCUGUUCUUCCUGUCGGAGCCACAGAUCGCUAGUCAUAUGGAAACGAAAUUCCUUAUCUUUUCUCUUCUCAUUCCGUACGUACAUAAGGACGGGCCGGUCGGCCAACAGGCCAGGGAUGCCAUACUCCUGUGUAUGGCAUUCACGCGUCGCAGCGAACUAAUGGGCAAAUACGUGGCCGAAGAGACCGACUUUUGUCCGGUUUUGGCCACAGGUUUAAGCGGUUUAUAUUCAUCACUACCUCGAAGACUGUUGAGCCACUCAAUAGUGUCCGACGACUGGCAUCAGGUCACCGGCGAAGACAUCCGCGAGAAUCCCGAACUCGAAGUGUUUCUCAAUUCGUUGGAGUUCUGCAACGCUGUCGCACAGAUCGCUCACCCCUUCAUCCAAAAGCAAUUACUUCAGUACAUAUACAAUGGUUUUCUGGUUCCUGUGAUCGCACCGGCAUUACAUCAGGAAGUGGUUGGCGUUCCCAUUAUCGUAUUGGAAAAGUUGUCCAGAUAUUCGAAUACUUUAGAGGAAAUCAUAGCGACCACCGCUUACUUCGAUCUCUUCAUUCGCACAAUUUCUGAACCAAAUCUGUUGAAAGUAUUUUUAAAAUUCAUUUGCGUUGAGAAAUACGAAGAACAACGGAUUCUCAACACUUUAAUCACAAGAAUUAGCGCCAAUUCUAAGUUAAGUUUAGUGACUUUGGUUUUGUUUCGCUCGUUGUUGGACCUGAACUGUGAAGACGUCUUAUUAGAGUUGGUUUUCAAAUACUUAACGUCCGGAAAGCAUAUAAUCGGCGGAAAGCAGCACCAAAUGCAGCGAAUUAACGAUUCUAAUUACCUGAACGAAUCGGCCCAACAUUUCCUAACACUGAUCCCAAAGCAUUGUCUCAUAUCUCAUGUGAAUUACAUGAACCUAAACGCCAAAACAGACGGCUAUGUCUUCGUGGACAACAGUGACUCCCAUUCGCACCACAGUAACGACGAUAGCAUAGACCGCAGCUCAACGCCCACACAAGAACUGCAAUAUAUUUUGUUUAAUUACUUGGAUUACCUGAACGAUGCAAACGCCGUUAUAUCGAAGUCCAUACGCGCCACCCGUUCCUGGAGUUGUAGAUACGAUGCCAGUAGUCAUAAAAGUGCUAAUUAUUCUGUGAAUACAACUGUAGAUAACAAUACAAAUGCAAACAACGUUUGUGCCAAUUAUAGUAUCAAUCAUAACAACCAUUCAGUGCCUCAUUCUAUCACUUCUAAUGGAAAUCAAUCCGAAGAUGAAGAUGAAGACGAAGACUGCAGUUCACCCAUCGGUCCGUUUCUGGAGAUAAUUAUAUCGAGACUGGAAGCCAUGUGUGAGAAUGAUAUCUAUACUAACCUUCAGUUGACUGGUUUGGUGUCCCGUUUGGCGACAUACCCGCAGCCACUCCUCCGCUCUUAUCUCCUCAACUCUUCGCUUGUCUUCCAAAAAGGUGUCAAACCCUUGACAACACUUCUCAACGAAUUACGCAAAAAAUUGGAUCUAUUGUCGGAUCAAAUCGAGAAUUUCGAUGAAUUGCUUCGAAAUGCCCGACAAUUUCUGUUCGCACGAGAGAACAGAAUCUUAAAUAAAAAGCAAAGUAUUUGCUCUCAAAUGGACAAUAGAUUCCCUUAUAAUUCGAGACCCAAUCGAAGUAAUAGUAUCACCAGUUUGUCGUCCAUUAGAUCAGAGACUGGAACCGAAGCUUUAAAGAAAGGAUUCAAUGGCCUUAAAAGCCUGUUCCGUGCGGCUACUACUCCAAGAAGUAUGCGUAGAAGCAGUUCCAUGUCUGUGUCCCAGACUCCUACUCCCCCGCCUAUUCUCGAGUCAGUGUCUGGCGGCCAGGGAUACAGAUAUUUCAAACCAUUGGAUUCACCGGAACAGGGAUUGGAUGCCAACGAUGCGGAAGAGAACGAAAGGAUACAGAAGAUAGUGUUGGCGUUCAUUGUGUUCGAAGAGUUUGUCCGCGAAUUAUCUGCCAUUUCUUACGAACACUUUACUCUCGAGUAUUCAGAGCCGCCUUCAGCUCAAAGCGAAUCCGAACUCAAACCCAAUUAGAGUUCAGACAAACAAAUAAAGACUUUCUUUGAUUCGUGCCAAUCAUUACACGUUUUAGUUAUUAUUUUCACAAUUUAUUGUUUUAGUUAUGUUUUUGUUGGCUUUAGAGUCAGUUUUACGACUAAUUGAUCGC